CGCCACCUCGCUUUUCUGACCCCCAUUAAAAAUAAUAAUUUCACAAGGAGCGGGGAAGCCAGUGGGGCGCCCAGGUGGCCUAGUCGACUGGGACGAAAGUGCUUUAAAACCCCCACCUUGGCCUUAUUUCACGACCACCCCCUCCCGCCACCGACUAUGGAGGCUCCGGCUGCAGGAAUCAAUUCCAUCUUCAUGUGUAAACUUUGUAACUUAUUUUCACCGAAUCAGUCAGAACUGUUGUCUCACGUCUCUGAGAAGCAUGCAGAAGAUGGGAUUAAUGUGGAUGACAUUGUUAUUCCUCUCAGACCACUUACAGCACCCACAAAUACAAGCAAAAGUGGAGAAGAGCUUCUUGUAGUGAAGAGAAAAAGGGGCAGGCCAAAAGGGUCAACUAAGAAGUUCUGCGCAGAUGAAGAAUCAGCAGAAAACAGUAACUGCAUUCCAAGCGAGGAAACACAACAAGGGCCAGAGGAAGGAACAGAAUUGGCUGAAGUUUUACCAGGCAACUUGGAAUGCCGGAAAUGUAGUCGGAAGUUCUCUAACCCACGUCAGCUAAGAAAACACAUCUGCAUCAUUGUUUCAAAUGAAGGAGAGGAAGAAGGAGAUCCAGGUAAUGAUUCUGACGUUGACCUUGACAGGAAGGAAGAUGAGCGAGAAAAAACUCCGAAGAGGCCACGGAUACAGAAAACUGAGAAAACUCUAUCCGCAAAGGAAGGCGACCAGAUUUCAGGAGCUAAAAAUCCUAUUAUAAGCGUGGUUUUGACAGCACAUGAAGCUAUUCCAGGAGCUACAAAAAUUGUUCCAGUUGAGGCUGCUCCCCCAGAAAUUGAAUCAGCAACAAAUCCUGAGACAGCAGUACCAGACACAGCUCAACGAAGAGGGUAUCAAGAAUAUGCUAUUCAACAAACACCAUAUGAGCAGCCAAUGAAAUCAAGCAGGUUAGGUCCUACUCAGCUAAAAAUUUUUACAUGUGAAUACUGCAACAAGGUGUUCAAAUUUAAACACUCUCUUCAGGCUCAUUUGAGGAUUCACACAAACGAAAAGCCUUACAAAUGUUCAUACUGCAGCUAUGCCAGUGCUAUAAAAGCCAACCUCAAUGUCCACAUGCGGAAACACACAGGAGAGAAGUUUAGUUGUGAUUACUGUGCAUUUACCUGUCUCAGCAAAGGCCAUCUCAAAGUCCAUAUUGAGAGAGUCCACAAGAAAAUUAAGCAACAUUGCCGCUUCUGUAAAAAGAAAUACUCAGAUGUCAAAAAUCUAAUUAAGCAUAUCAAGGAAACACAUGACUUGCAAGACAAAAAAGUGAAAGAUGUAUUUGAUGAGCUCCGCUUGAUGACCCGAGAAGGCAAGAGACAACUGCUGUAUGACUGUCAUAUUUGCGAACGUAAAUUCAAAAAUGAACUGGAUCGAGAUCGACACAUGCUAGUCCACGGUGAUGAAAGGCCCUUUGCUUGUGAGCUAUGCGGCCAUGGAGCCACAAAGUAUCAAGCACUCGAACUUCAUGUCCGAAAACAUCCAUUUGUGUACGUUUGUUCUGUGUGUUCGAAGAAAUUUGUCAGUUCUGUAAGGCUCCGUGCACAUAUCAAAGAACUGCAUGGAAAUUUACAAGAGAUUUCUGUUUUUAAUAGUUCUAUCAAUCAGAGUUUCUGCCUUCUGGAACCAGGAGGUGAUAUCCAACAGGAAGCACUUGGAGAACAGUUUUCACAGACUGCAGAUGAGUUCACGCCCCUAAGUGCUAAUGCUCUCAGCGUACCAAAGCAAUCUACUUGUAAAGAUGAAUCAAAUACCAUAGAUGGAAGCCAUAAUGAUCAGCAUGGUGGUCUUCUGAAAAUUGAGACUGCCCCUUCUUUAGAAUUUGAAAACUCCCCAGUGGAGAAUGUACCAGAACCACCAUGUCAACCAUCAACAGACCUAGCAGCACCAGACCCUCAAUCAGACCUGGCUUCAGAUCGUUUCUUACUUAAAAAUGCUACCUGUGCUUCCAAUGAGCUAAAGGCUUCUCAUGAAAAUGUACAGAAAGUCAGUCAUGAUAGUUCAGUGAACAUGCAGGGUGAAGAAAUUCAGCUGUUGUUGUCUGGAGGCAAAAGCUCUAAUAUAAGACAGAAAAAUAUAGACAUCGAGAACCUUUCAGCUUCCGAAGAGAAAGUUCAACCCUUUUGUCUUAAUGAAUUAGAAACUAGCAAGUCACCAAAUCAAAACACAGAUGAGUCCACAAACCCUCGUACAGCAUUAGAUUCCAAUACAGCCAUCAGUCCACAGCUGGACUCUCAUAAUAUGGCUUCUGAUAAUCGAAGUGGAGCUGUUGCCUUUAUGCAGAUAUUGGACAGUUUACAAAAGAGACAAAUGAACACAGACUUGUGUGAGAAGAUCAGGAAGGUUUAUGGAGACUUGGAAUGUGAAUACUGUGGCAAGUUGUUUUGGUACCAGGUGCAUUAUGACAUGCAUGUUCGUACUCACACUCGAGAGCAUUUGUAUUACUGUUCCCAGUGCAAUUACUCCUCCAUCACCAAAAACUGCCUUAAGCGUCAUGUCAUUCAGAAGCACAGUAACAUUUUGCUGAAAUGUCCCACCGAAGACUGUGACUACUCCACUCCAGAUAAAUACAAGCUCCAGGCACAUCUUAAAGUUCACACAGAGCUGGACAAAAAGAGUUAUUCCUGUCCGGUGUGUGAGAAGUCAUUUUCUGAAGAUCGACUUAUAAAAUCACAUAUCAAGACAAAUCACCCUGAGGUCUCAAUGAGCACCAUCUCAGAGAUUCUCGGCAGGAGGGUUCAGUUGAAAGGAUUAAUUGGAAAACGAGCUGUGAAAUGUCCCUAUUGUGAUUUCUAUUUUAUGAAGAAUGGCUCAGACCUUCAGCGUCAUAUCUGGGCUCAUGAAGGUGUCAAACCAUUCAAAUGUUCUCUUUGCGAAUAUGCUACUCGCAGCAAGAGUAAUCUGAAAGCUCAUAUGAAUCGCCACAGCACUGAGAAAACGCACCUCUGUGAUAUGUGUGGAAAAAAGUUCAAAUCAAAAGGCACUUUGAAGAGUCAUAAACUCCUCCAUACUGCUGAUGGAAAGCAGUUUAAAUGUACAGUGUGUGACUACACUGCAGCCCAAAAGCCACAGCUCCUACGUCACAUGGAACAACAUGUCUCUUUCAAGCCUUUCCGUUGUGCACACUGCCAUUAUUCCUGCAAUAUGUCUGGCUCCCUGAAGAGGCAUUACAACAGGAAGCAUCCCAAUGAAGAGUAUGUUAAUGUUGGUACUGGUGAACUUGCUGCAGAAGCCCUUAUCCAACAAGGUGGCAUUAAAUGUCCAGUUUGCAGUUUUGUGUAUGGUACAAAAUGGGAGUUCAACAGACAUCUUAAGAACAAGCAUGGCCUGAAAUUAGUGGAGCAUGACGGGGAAGCAAAGUGGGAGCUAACAACUGAAAUUUCUGAGGAAUCAUCCACUCAGUAUCUGCACAUCACAGAGGCUGAAGACGUUCAAGGAACUCAAGCUGCUGUAGCUGCAUUACAAGACCUAAGAUAUACCUCAGAGAAUGGUGAAAGACUUGACUCCACUGCUGUAAACAUCCUUCAGCAAAUCAUUGAGUUGGGGUCAGAGACCCAUGAUGCUGCUGCUGUUGCUUCUGUAGUUACCAUGGCACCUGGAACUGUUACAGUGGUAAAGCAGGUGAAAGAAGAGGAGCAAUCAGCCAAUCACACUGUAAUGAUUCAAGAGACUUUGCAACAGGCAUCAGUGGAGCUGGCUGAACAGCAUCACCUGGUAGUCUCAUCAGAUGAAGUGGAAGGAAUUGAGACCGUGACGGUAUACACACAGGGUGGAGAGGCCUCUGAGUUCAUCGUUUAUGUGCAGGAAGCUAUGCAGCCCGUAGAAGAACAGACAGUGGAACAAUCUGUUCAGGAAAUCUAG